CACAAAUGCCGAGAUUUGGCUGACGUGACAGCAUCUCAUUUGGAUUCUGGAGCCUCUGGCUAGCUGCACUUCUGCUUCCCAAUUCCCGAAUAACCUCUGCUCGUCAUUACCAGCAGGGACAUUGAAAACACCCGUUGAGACAAGAUGUAUAUUUAAGACGGAAUGCAAAUUAGGAAAGGCUGCAGGGUGACUGGGACUUCAUACCCUCUAGUGACUGACAGUAUUAUUUGCUCUGGUGCUACUGAUUCCUUACUCAAUUCAGAUUGUUACAAGUAUGGACCAAGAAUAUGAGCGGAGGCUUCUUCGACAAACACAUUUCCAAAAUGUCUCUGAAAAUAUGCUUUCCCUGAGCACAUUUAAGAGUCAACUACAUUGCUGUGGGUCUGGAGCCACAUGUCGGUCAGACCAGCCUGCCUUGAGCUCACGACCCGUAACCUCAAAUUCGCCAGCAACCGUUCCUCGCAAGACAGGUGACCGGUUUAUCCCAACCAGAGCAAGUUCCAACUGGAGCAUCAAUUUUCAUACUAUAAAUGAAAAUGGAAAGUCCCCCAACCAGAAUCGAAAAACGAAGGAAGCAAAUUCUGAUAAUGGGAAAGAUGGUGUAGCAUAUGCUGCCUUGCUGAAAAAUGAGCUACUGGGAGCAGGCAUUGAAAAAGUGAGUGAUCCUCAGACUGAAGAUCGGAGAUUCCAGAUGCCAAUGCAGGAGCGACGGAAUCUAUUCAGAUAUGCCUUGAGCACAAAGAGGUCAACUACUGAAAGUGGGAAUGAGAUUUCUCCAUAUUCAUUGUCCCCCGUCAGCAAUAAAAGUCAGAAGUUGUUACGGUCGCCACGGAAACCAACAAGAAAGAUUUCAAAGAUUCCGUUUAAAGUUCUGGAUGCUCCGGAAUUGCAGGAUGAUUUUUACCUCAAUCUAGUGGAUUGGUCAGCAGCAAAUGUUCUAAGCGUUGGUCUCGGUGCUUGUGUUUACUUGUGGAGUGCAUGUACCAGUCAGGUAACGAGGCUGUGUGACCUCUCCAUAGAUGGUGACUCUGUUACGUCUGUUUGUUGGAAUGAAAGGGGAAAUUUUGUAGCAGUGGGUACCCACAAGGGAUACGUGCAAAUCUGGGAUGCGGCAGCGGGGAAGAAGCUGAUCUCUCUCGAUGGACAUUCAGCAAGAGUUGGUGCUUUGGCCUGGAACGCUGAUCAGCUGUCGUCAGGAAGUCGGGACCGUCUCAUUCUACAGAGGGAUGUGCGAACACCCCCACUUCAGAUGGAGCGGAGAUUGCAGGGCCACAGGCAGGAAGUCUGUGGUUUAAAGUGGUCUCCUGAUCACCAGCACCUAGCUUCUGGGGGCAACGAUAACAAGCUAUUUGUAUGGAACAAUUCCAGUUUGAGCCCAGUCCAGCAAUACACAGAACAUUUAGCAGCGGUGAAGGCCAUUGCCUGGUCCCCUCAUCAGCACGGACUUCUGGCAUCCGGAGGAGGCACUGCCGAUCGCUGCAUUCGUUUCUGGAACACACUGACCUGCCAGCCCCUGCAGUGCGUCGACACAGGCUCCCAAGUCUGCAAUCUUGCCUGGUCUAAGCAUGCAAAUGAACUGGUUAGCACACACGGUUAUUCCCAGAAUCAGAUUUUAGUGUGGAAAUACCCAUCCUUAACACAGGUUGCCAAAUUGACGGGGCAUUCGUAUAGAGUGCUCUACCUGGCCAUAUCACCCGAUGGAGAGGCAAUUGUGACAGGAGCAGGAGAUGAAACGUUGCGAUUUUGGAAUGUUUUCAGUAAAACCCGUUCCACUAAGGAAUCCAAAUCUGUCCUUAAUCUUUUUACAAGGAUACGGUAAAACUGUCAGGAAGAACAAGCACUCCUUAUAAAACGGAUUCCCUCAACACAAACAGCAGUAAAGUUCAUCAGAGCUGACAUAACCUCUUCACUGUUUUUGUUCAAGUGGUCAACGCACUUUCAUUUGCUAAGUUUUGAGGCUGAUUGAUUGGACAGGAGACUGAUGGAUCAUUAUUAACUCGUCUCGACAUCAAGGUGGAUGAAAGAAAUGCGAAAGGAGUGUGGAGUUAAGGGAGAAAGAGUUCACUUUAUAUGUAUCUAUUGUACAAUGUGUACAGAAACUAUUUAUUGGACCGAGGAUGACCUUUUGAUGCUGUCUUAAUGCUUGCAUGGAAACGGGAGUGUGGGAAUGGAUCCAGAAUCCCUUCUCAUCUUUUAUAUGGAAAAAACAUGAAAAAUAUUUACAUAUAGUGUGUCUUGGAGAUCUGAAAAGGAAGGUACAUUUUUUUUUUAAAUUAAUCACCCCCAUUCUAUGGAAUCAUUUAACAGUAUCUGCUUCCAGGGCUGAAGAAUUUAAUUUUCUGUAAUUUACAUUUCAUUUAUGAAACUUGUUCAUUUGGAGUAAAGUCAUUACAAAUGGGAUCCAUAAUUAAAAUUAAUAUUUAACAUGAAA